UAUAGAUCGAAUGAGAAUGCUAAGUUUUACAACAACAACAAAAAUCUUAUCCAAAAAAUCAUAAAAACCAAUGGUAACCUCACAUAUCCUGACCAUGACUCUCAUCAAAAUACAAUGCUUAUCACGCCGGCGAGUCCAUGCUGCAGCACAGCCCGAUUAUUCCAUUCCCGGCGCAUUUCCCGGCAGAUUUUUCUAAAGACCGAAGCACCAUCACGCACAAAAUGUAAAGCCAGUUCAACCGUUCCUGCGGCGGCGGCGAGAGCUUCCAAGCCUUUACGGUGCGGUGCUAGGAGAAGGGUGAGAGACGACGGAGAAGAUGAAGAUGACUCUUACGGAUACAACGAGGAGAUAGCUAUGCUGGAGACUUAUAGUCAAUCGUGUAGAGACGAAGCCCUUAUCGUGACGGCCAUUGUUGACGGUGAAGAGGUCGAAGUUCUGAUAUUUAAAGGAUUUUCGUCGUGUCUGAGCGGAGAGACGGCGGUGGACCCGGCGAGGAGUGUGCUGCCGGAGAGAGCAGUGAUUACAAAGAUAGAUAGAGUGAGAGGUCCUUUUGAUCCUUCACAGAUUCAUUACAUUCAGACAGGACUCUCUUUUCAAGCCUUUAAGGAGACUAUGAUCACGUUCAAGUAAAAAUAUUCCAUAUAUAGAGUACGAUAUAUCUAGAGAAUUUGUUAUUGUCAAUGAAAUGUUGUGUUUGGAUUAAUAAAGAGAAGAAUGCUAAUGAGACAAGCUUUCAGGACUUGCAAAAAUUAUGUAAGUUCUGCGUUGAUCUGACAAGUAGUAUAACCAGUUGUGAGAAACCAAACUUGUUCCUAUGAUUAUGUUUAAGUUUAAGUUUAAG